UUUCCCCUGGUCACUGGUACCCAAUAAUAAUAUUCAAGUGUCAGUGAAUUCCUUUCACAUACUACUUGUACUCCAUGCAGAGCUAGCUGAGUGCUGAGUCAGUGACGUUAGCAUGCAGUAUGGACCGGUGACAGUUCUUUUGGUUCUUUUUGGAUCCUUUCUCCCUUUCAGUUCAGCCUUGCCUGUGUUUGGUGAGGAACAUGCUGAUAACAUAAGCGCAAUUCAAGAUGAUGGUCUCUGUGCACUUUGUUUGGAUGCAGCUGAACUAUUCCAACAAGCAGUAGAGUCGAACCUCACCUUAGACACAAUCUACCCCAUCAUCCACGGCAUCUGUGUAGAGGUUAUCCCCCGUGGAGGGGAGUACACUUGUCCAGGAUUCAUCUACUCAUAUGGACCAGUAGUUCUUUAUGUUAUGUCCAACAUCCUGAUUGACCCUCGCAUCAUCUGCCAAGAGUUCAAAUAUUGCAAAAAAUUUACAGAAGCAAGCAUCGAUGAAUCGCUGGUACAUUUAAAACCACACAUAAGAGAUGUUUUCAAUGAGCUAAAACGGACGAUUAAUGUCUCAAAAGCUCAUGAUUACGAUGCUUCACAGCGAAAACAAUAUACUUUUGAUCUCGAUCAGCUGAAAAGCAAACCAGUUCAGGUACCACAAAUGAUAAAUACCAACAGAACAGCACAAAUGAAAAAGAAAAUCUCAGGAGAGAAUGGUGUCCUUAGAUUUUUGCAACUAGCUGACCUCCAUUUGGAUCAGCAGUAUGGCGAGGGGUCACCUUAUGAUUGUGGACUCUACCUCUGCUGCCGACACUGGUACAAUGGAACGGGCAAAGCCGGUCACUACGGGGAAUUCAAAUGUGAUCUUCCCAUGCCGACUUUGGACCUUCUUGCUGAAACACUUCAAAAGCUAGACCCACAGCCAGACUUCGUUAUAUAUACAGGGGAUAAUGCACCUCACGAUGUGUGGAAUGAGACAUGGACCACCCAACUUGAUGCCACACAGUUUGUUGUUGACUACCUGGCGGAGAAACUUCCGUCAAUGACAAUCUACCCAGCAAUCGGAAAUCAUGAAUCGUGGCCGGAGAGUGAGUAUCUCGGAACAAUGCUCGAGUUUCAGGCUCUAAAUCGAGAUCUUGCGUACAAAUGGCAAAAGUGGGCUGAUUUUCCACAAGACGCUUUAGACACGAUAGUAGAAGGUGGCUACUACAAUAUCAGGAUCAUGGACAAUCUCAGACUGAUUUCCUUUAACUCUGACUAUGGCUACACUCCCAACUUUUACUCAUUUUUGAAUGCCGAGAAUGACCACUACAAGAACCAGCUGAUUUGGAUUAAAAAACAACUUUCGCUAGCAGAAAAACAAGGAGACAAGGUACUUUUGAUAGCUCACAUACCACCUGGGGACCCUUCCAGUCACGCUGAGUAUGGAGAGUUCUAUCUCAGCAUCGCCAAGCAAUUCAGUGACACUGUUGUUGGACACCUAUUUGGUCAUACCCACACCGACCAAUUUGAACUGGUUCAAGAUGCCGAUGGUGUAUAUGGUGCUGUUCUGAUUGCCCCCUCUGUGACCACCUACGGACAUAUCAACCCCUCGUUCAGAAUAUUCACCAUGGACACUAACACAAAGACGCUACUGGGCUAUGAACAGUACCACCUGAAUGUCACACACGCCAAUGAGUUGUAUUCCAAAGACCCCAAUAGUAAGCCCAAGUUUGAGCUGUCCUAUACAACAAAAGACGAGUAUGGACUCAAGGACCUCUCCCCUGUACAAUGGGCGUCAUUAGUUUCCAGAUUUGAGACAGAACCAUCUCUUCUGAGUAAGUACAAUCUUAACAUUCAUGCAAAGACUUACCCCGCUGACAAGAACUGCGACAGCUCCUGUAAAAAGCACAUUCUUUGCUCAGUGACGAAUGCUAUCAGCUCUCACUAUGAAGCUUGUGUAGCAGAAGAAUAGGACAAUGAGUGUGUGUGCAUAUGUGUGUGUUUGUGUGUGUUGUGCAAUUUCAAUUAUUUUUAUUUAACCAUAGAUUGAAGAGUAUCAAUCUAUGAUUUAACAAA